UGAGUGAAAUCACGCUGUGGGCUUUACAAUGAAAAGCUGCAUAAUCUUGGCUGUUCAUGUAGCACCAGGCCCAUCCUUAGAUGACACACAGCCUCCCACACUGCAUGAGAUAUGCUCCCUCUACUGACACUUUCAAAACCACUUUUAGCCUUGAGGCUAUAUCUAUGAACUUGCAUUCUGGGGUGUGUAUUGUGCAUGUGCAUGGGGCAUUGUUUAUCAAAUGCAUUGUAUUUAUCUUCUUAUUCUCUCAGUUUUGCACUUUAAUACUAUGGCGUGGCUUUAAAUCGACUUGACUAGUUCUUACACAUUAGUUACAAGUAACCAUUAAUUGCAACUCUAACUUUCCCUUCUCACUAGUCCGUUGUUGCCGGUUGCCAUUGCUUAUGUGGCCAAUCAUUGCCCGUUAUAACUAACAAUACACAACAAAAGCCGUUACAAUAGCGCUAUGAGGAAACGCGGGGUAACGGAUCGGUUGGACUGCUGUUUCCCCUUUUUGUGGUGACGUCAGUUGAAUCAAAACAGCAGGCUAAGUGUUUUUUUGGGUUGGACUGAGUUGACUCCGGACGAUCAUGCUGGCCAUUCCCUUUAAAUUCAUUGUCGCUCAUUUCUUAAUCGGAAGCUGCAUUUCGUGUUCUUUACGGAGUUCUGCGAAGUCUGGCGAUGACCCAAAUAUACCAGCGAUUGCCAAAUAUUUUAGCACAAAGGGCAGGUAUGAAGAAGUGAAUCCGUAUCUCAUUGACGACAUCGUCGCUGUAAACAGAUCUAUCCUGCCCACCCCGUCUCCACAAUGUCGCGAAAUUCACCUGACUGCCAUCAUAAGGCAUGGCACAAGGUACCCGACGACCAAAAACGUGAAGAAGAUGCGCCUGCUACACGACCUCGUCUCCCGCAACGCCUCUGGUAAACAGGGCUGGCUGCGUGAAAUCAAACACCAGUGGACGAUGUGGUACACUGAGGAUAUGGACGGCCGACUGGUGCAGAAAGGUAUUGAUGAUCACAAGCAUUUAGCUGUCCGGCUGGCCAAGCUCUUUCCGUCAUUGAUUUCAAAGGAGAAGCUUCGAGACGGACAUAUGAACUUCAUAACCAGCUCCAAGCACAGGUGUGUCAAUAGCACCUUGGCCUUCCAGAGCGGCCUGGCAGGGCUGUGGACUAUUGAAGGUGAUGAGUUUGAUCAUAAUUUGAAUGAUGCCCUGAUGAGGUUCUUCGACGUGUGCACCAAGUUUGUGGAGCAUGUGGAAAACAACGCCUCAGCCCUGCAGGAGGUUGACAAGUUCGAGGUGGGAGCAGAGAUGAGGAGGGUCCAGGAGAAGAUCGCAGACCGCCUUGGAGUCCACUACAGUCUCAUCACCAAUGAUAUGGCCCAAGCUGCAUUUUACCUGUGUGCAUACGAGUUUGCCAUCAAGACUGUGAACUCCCCCUGGUGUCAGCUCUUUGAUGAAGUUGAUGCACAGGUUAUGGAGUAUGCAAAUGACCUUAAGCAUUUCUGGAAAAGAGGCUAUGGCCAUGACAUCAACAGCAAAUCAAGCUGUAUCCUCUUCCAUGAUGUUUUCAGUCGACUGAACAAUGCAGCCAGCCAGAGCAAGUCUGGCCCAGUGCAAGAAGCGGUGACAAUCCAGGUUGGCCACGCAGAGACACUCCUGCCACUGCUGACCCUCCUGGGCUUCUUCAAGGACAGUGAUCCCCUGACAUCCACCAACUACGCCUCACAGGCCCAGCGCUCCUUUCGCACCAGCCGCAUCUUACCCUAUGCAGCUAACCUGCUACUGGUAUUGUAUGACUGUGGAGAAGACGGCCUGAGACUGCAGCCAUUACUCAACGAGAGGCCCCUGGCUUUCCCUGGUAUGGCUGGCCAACAGGACUCCAUGCCACUCUACCAAGAUGUUAGGGAGCACUACAAGGAACUGCUUGAUGGCUGCGACUUUGAGACUGAGUGUCAACUGUUUUAGGUUGGCUGAGGUUGCCUCUGCACCUUAAGAAGUAAUAGUGGCUUUAAUCUCUUAUAUUUAAAAUGGAACAACGGGGUAAAAAAUUACACUCACAAAAGGAGAAACUUUAGAUUCACAUUUUCUAUAAAUGCCGAGACUCUCGCUUGUUGGAAAACACUGUCAUUGCCAGUGGAACAAGAAAGUGUCCACAUCAUCUUUUAUAGCCUACUAGAGGCAAUUUCACUGUCUCUAUGUGCUUUAGUGCCUGAGAAAACUCUGAAGCAGUAACAGACAUUUAAUGAUGGAUAUAACAAGCAUUGCGCCUUACAUAAUCGAAAAGCAGCUGGUCCUUAGAGACCUUGAACUGAUCUUUACAAACACCAAAGAUGCCAGCCCUGGGAUUCCAUUACAAAUUCUAUUGUACCAUUAUAGUGUUACUGCUGCUCUAUUGCCUGUUGUUGCAAGGUAGUAAUUAUUUUGUAACUUAAGGAAGCCUAAUUUAAAGUGGUACUGAAGAGAAAUUUUGUGCAGCGUGCACCGCUGUAUAAUAUGAAAAAGUCUUUCUAGCAGUUUUGAAUAUUAACAGAUAAAUUAAACAGAACGGCGCUUUGAGCAGUCUCAUGAAGCAUUUCAAUUUAAAUAAAUAAAUGAAAAUGGAAAUCUUAA